AUGGAUCACGUAGAUAAUGAUGGUUUUGUGGAUGUUUACACGGAUGGCGCAUGCUCCUCAAAUGGUAGGAGCGAAGCUCGUGCCGGCUAUGGAGUCUAUUGGGGAGAUAACCAUCCCCUAAACACCAGCGAGCCAGUGUCUGGCCGAGCCACUAACAACCGUGGAGAAAUACAAGCGGCAACUAAAGCCAUAAAACAGGCACUGGAUAAUGGAGUCACUAAACUUGCUAUAAAUACUGAUUCCAAAUUCCUAAUUAAUUCUGCUACGAAGUGGAUGCCAGGUUGGAAACAACAGGGCUGGAAACUUCAGUCUGGGGAGCCAGUGAAAAACGAGCGUGAUUUUAAGGAGUUGGACAGAGUUCAACACAAACUUCAGGUCAAGUGGAAUUAUGUGGGAGCUCACAGUGGAGUCCAUGGCAACGAGAUGGCGGAUCAACUUGCAAAAGAAGGCGCUUCUAAGUACCGCAAAUGGUAG